CUUGUAAGGAAACACGUUUGAAACCCUUCAUCAAGAACCCGGAUACGUGGCAUGAUUAAAGGUUAUUCUGCAUUUAAUUUAAUUAUUUUUCAGAAUUCAAGCAGGUCGAAGAUUUCAGAUUUUCACCGAUUAGAUGGAAUUGAAGGUUUCUUUGCUGAAAUCUUGGAUAACCUGAGUUUUGGUUGAGAUCUGCGACGAAUAAGGGUCAGAAGACUUGCGAACAAGACCACCAUGGCAUAGCCAGUAAAAUGAACAGAAAGGAUAGUGCUGUGCAAAAUCAGAAAAAAAGAAGAGAAGGUCCUGCUGUGGAGGGGGGUUUCUUUAUUUUUCGUUUUUUUUCUUGGGGUGAUUGAUAGCAAUCUGGAAGGAGUGGCAAUAAUGGGGUCCAGUCUGAGCAAACACCAGCAGCAGGCACUGAAAAAGUCCUGGGCGUCUGUCCAGCCCAGGGCCCUGGUCAUGGGCAGGUCCACCUUUGUGGAAGUCCUGAGCAAGUACCCAGAGUACAAGGCGAGGUUCCCCAGGCUCAAGGAUGUGCCCGGCGACCAGCUGCAGGGAAACAAGGCCCUGGACAUUCACGUCAUCUUGUUCACCCAGGCUGUUCGAGCAAUGGUGGAGAACGUGGAGGACUUUGAGCUGGUGGACGAGGUGGCUCGUCGCAUCGCCUACCGCCACGUGCGCAUGGGCAUCGACGAGACGGACUUGGACGUCGUCACGGCCGGCUUCAUUGCCAAGGUGGCCGACGGGUCGGACGACGUGUGGCACGCGGCCGCCAAGUGCCUCAACCACAACAUCGCCGACUACAUGCGACGCAUGAAGACGGCCGGCGACAACGGAUGAUGAUGAUGAUGAUGACCCAAGGCUGAUGUUUCAAUCUCCUUAUUUUAUUCCUUUUAGCAUCAAUCCAGCAGUGCAGUGCAGUAUACAGUAUAUAUCUUGAUACUGUAAAUGCACAACCAGGACAGAAACCUGGCUGAAUGUGUGUGUGUGUGUGUGUGUGUGUGUGGAUUACAUUGUGAGACAGACAAUUUCAGACUGGACAAUGGAGUGUGACAUAAUAUUUGAGACAGGGACAAUUUGAGACAGGGACAAUUUGAGACCAGGACAAUUUGAG